AAUAUCGUAAUGUGAUAAUUGUGCCCUGUUAAGCAGAAGUGGAGUUUCCAGUUUCCUCAUCUUUUCUCUUUUAACUUCCACCCCACCAAAAAGUGUCAGGAAGUGUUCUUGCACGUCAGCCAUCAUUACAAGAACACUUUGAUACCAUAAAGGUAACGUCCGUGGUGUACAAUGUCUGAGCAAGGAGAGACAUCAGUCGAGCCCGCUUUUUUGGACAUGCCCACACCUAUGUCGCCACCACCGUACGAUGAAGAGGGACAGCAGCCGCCGCCGCCCCCGUACUCCCAAGGCUCGCCCGAAGACCCUGAGGUCAAAGGUGAUGCGGCGGAAUGCGAGUCUUCCCCCGAUACAAAACCGGAUUCUACGCCGGAAGCGGUUCCGCUCUACGAGUCGCCUGCUUUCCAGGACAAGGCAGUGAGGAGGGCGUUUGUUCGGAAGGUGUUCAGCAUCCUUACCCUUCAGCUGGUGUUCACCUUCACUGUAGUGUCUGUGUUCACCUUCUCCGAUGUGGUCAAGAAAGCGGUCAAGUAUAACUUUAUCGCUUAUAUCAGCUCCUUCUGCAUCUUUGCUGUGGUCGCCAUCGCCCUCAGCUGUUGCCAGUCCAUCAGUCGUCGUCACCCCUGGAACAUCGUGGGCCUGGUCACUGUCACCAUCAGCCUUUCAUAUGUGGUGGGCACCAUGGCCUCUUACCACGACACCAGAGCUGUUAUCAUCACUAUGGCGUCGACCUUGGCCAUUUCCUUUACCAUCAUCGCUUUCUCUGCACAGGUCAAGAAACACAAAAUACUCCUGAAGGAAAGCGUUGGUGUGUUUUGGCUGCAGACGCGCUACGAUCUGAGCAUUUGCCACGGCCUCCUGUUGGUUCUGGCGGUGGACUUGUUGAUGUUUGGCGUGUUCAGCACCUUCUACUAUUCGUACAUUGCUGAAGUCUGCUAUGGAACUUUGGGCGCUCUGGUCUAUGCUUUGUUCCUGAUGUUUGACUGUCAGCUGAUGAUGGGACUGAUGGGCCACCGCUUGGAUCCUGAGGAGUACGUCACCGCCGCGUUGAUGAUCUACCUGGACAUUAUGCUAAUCUUCAUAUACCUGCUUGGGAGGCGGUGAAAGACUCAAAACUCCAAUCUUGGCGCAGUGUCCUUUAUUCUUCUCUCUGUUUAAAAGUUGAUGAUUAGCAAUGCUCUUUUUUCACGCUUUUUUUGAAAUCUCAUUGCAUUAUACAACAAGGCACGUAGACUGAUGGGUUUUUUUUUAAAUAUCACACCACACCAGCAGUUGUCACCAUUGUAGCCAAAAUAAAGCUUAAAGAAAGUCCAUUCCUGAAAAAAGCAACAUGCCUUUUCCAAAUGAUUCAUUGCGUUCAGUGACCUAAAAUAUAUUUUUAUAGCUUAACAUUACAUACAGUACCUUUAACAUGCAUUUUCAAUAAUAAAUGUUGUGUGAGCAUGGUC